AUGACGUCGACGGCCCAGGACAUCGGUGUCGCCUCGGGCGAGCCGGCCAAAUGGCGAUUACUCCAUUCAUCGCGUGGAGCUUGCUUGGGAACGCUGGGUUGGCAAAGAGGGGCUCUUUUUGAUGGAAACCCAUCUCUUCCACAUACUGCAGAUGAGUGGCACAAGCAGGUUUGUAAAACUUACCAAAGUCGGGACGUCACUGUGUCAAACAUCUUUCUUGGAAGCCUGAAGUCCUUAUCCACAAGGGUAAAAAUCACAAAGUUGGUUCAACGUAAUAAACCAAAGAUUCGUGUUUUGUAUGACCUGUCCUUAGAGAUCGCACAUCAUGAGAGGGGUGGCUCAUACCGUAACUGUAGAUUGAGCUUUCCGCCGCAAUCUAAACCGACAGUUUGUGCACUCCUUUCAGAUACGAGCACUCUUCGAAUGCUUGAAGCAAUGUUCUCCUUUCCUGAUCAUUCAGCAUUUGCGCAAGCUUUGAGGGGCGGGAAACUGACAGUCCUAGAGGCAGCUGAUCAACGAGUUGCCAUGUUACUCAAAACAGUGCUGGACCGUGUCAGCGUUAGUGCUGUCAGAAGGCAACCUCUGGAAAAGAAUCUCACUUGGCAACCUGACUACUCUCUGACACACUAUUCUCCCAAGGAAAUCACUGCUUGGAGGGAAUGGUAG